AUGUCUACUGUUAGGACGACGACGACGACCACGCGCACGACGGUCGUAACGAGCCCCGGCUCUAGUACUCCUGGGCACUAUCCACAAAACGGAUCUGCCCGCAGUGGUGGCAGUACUGCUGGACGACCUGCCGGCGGCAGUCAUCCUGCUGGCCGUUCUGGCGGUGGACGCACGAGAAGCAGCGGAGGCAGUGGCUGCAACUGUGGCGGCGCCGGUGGUGGUGGCCUUGCUGCAGCUGCGCACUGGCUCGCCCUGGCAUCUGCCAUCAUCAUUAUCGUCGCCUGGAUCUUCCGCUUUAUGGUCGCGGAUAAAAAAUACGAAAGCGCCCCUGCUUGGUUUGAGUUCUUGCUAUUUCUUUUCCUCGCCCUCAUGGUCAUCCUCGGCGGGUUUGGGAUUGGCAAUCUAGAUGGAUUUUUAGAGGAGUAUUUACAACUUACGAUAAGCAUGCUCGGCAAAGGUGUGCUUCUCAUUCUGUUUUGCUGCCGUGUCUAUGCUAAUAGGUGGGGGUGGUUUGAACGUAAGGACAGUAGCUCUAGUGCUGUAUUUCAUACUCUUGCAUCCCUCCUCUGCUGUAUUGCCGCGAGUCUGGCCAUCCUUGUUCUCUUAGUCGGUCUGGGCGUCGCCAAAUAA